AUCAAGAAACAGCAGCAGGAUGUCAUGGGCUUCUUGGCAGCCAAUAAGAUUGAGUUUGAGGAAUGUGACAUCGCAGCUGAUGAAGACAACAGGAAGUGGAUGCGAGAACACGUCCCCGAGGAUUUCCGACCGGAGACAGGGAACCCUUUACCUCCUCAGAUCUUCAAGGAGGACAGAUACUGUGGGAACUAUGAGGCGUUCUUCUGUGCCCGUGAGGACAAUGCUGUGUAUGCGUUUCUGGGCUUGACGGCGCCUCCAGGCUCAAAGGAAGCAGAAGCACUGUCUGAGAAAAUGCAGAUGUAAUCUAGAGAAGCGGUUCUAGCAGAGCUGAAGAACUCCUGCACUUUCUGAUGAUUGAGUUUCUUUUCUUGUUGGUUCUUUUUUUUCUUUCUUUGCACCCAUUAAAUGAUGUGAUGAAUUAUUUGUCUACUCAAAAGUCCAUCUUAUUGAUUGAACUGUUCAAACUGAAAAGAAAGCAUGUCUGCAGUCGUCCAAAUAGACGAGCAAACUUGAUUUUAAUUAUAUUUAUUAAUUCCUCUAAUGUUUAAGCAUGCAGUUUUUGUUAUGUUUAUGCAUGAAUAUUCUUGAUUAUAUAUGCGGUUCAAGUUACAUUUAAUAAGUGCGCGCAUAUUCAGGGUUUCUGCAGGUCUUAAAAACUCUUAAUUUUACCUUUCACAAAUUAAAGCCUUAAAAGGUUUUAAUUAGGAGCAGAAAGUCUUACAUUCAUAAAGGCAGGGUGUUAAAUGCUUCAUGC